UUGCGUCAAAAGUCGGUAGCACAGAGUGAGUGAGUGAGUGACCGAAGGAGCGAUAACAACUGCCAAUCGAAGAAGAAGAAGAAAAAACGGAUCAGUCGGGGACAGUCGACGGAGCAUCGGAAUCCCCGUCACUUCGCCGAAUUCAUCGCUGUAAAUGAAUGACUUGCAAGAUUGUCUCGCAGGUUUUCUUACUCUCCAUGAGUAAGUAAACGCGCCGGGUCGUUUCCCCAGGUGCGUAAGGGAUUGUGCUGGUUGUGACCCACCAGUGGCUUUGGUCCGAUUAUCCCCAUGCUUCGAGAGUUCCUCUACGCCCCAUUUCCCGGCACCGUUGUGGCAUUUGCGAACUGAAUCUUAAGCGGGGGCGUAUGAUGCAGCUCGUGAAUGUUGUCUAGCUGUCCGCAAUACUGGGUUGAUAGAUGGCAGUUGUGCGACGACAAUUCAUUCCAAUCGCAAAUCCCUUGACUCAAUUGCAGUCGCAAGUGUGAGCUCCAUAGAAAAGGAAUAAGGGGCAGGAUGGACCCCGCACUGCGUGUGGUGAUCGAUGCUAUUCAUUCGUCACCCACCCGUGCUGUCCUCUGCCUCUCCGGUGGCGCAGCCCAGGCCCUAGGUUGGCUGCUGUCAGUGCCACGAGCUUCGAACACGGUGUUGGAGGCCACAGUCCCGUAUUCCAGGGCUUCGAUGGUUCAACUUCUGGGCAAGGUUCCCUCUCAGUCUGUUUGUCGCGAAACUGCAGACGAAAUUGCGAUGGCUGCGUAUAAUCGAGCUUUGAAACUCUCAAUGCCUGGUGUACAAGUAGCCGGAAUCGGUUUUACAGGUGCCUUAGCCUCCACACCGCCCAAGCGUGGGAAUCACAGGUGCUUUGUGACAGCUCGAACACAAUCUGGACUAUGGCAGUACGAUUUGACUCUUGCAAAGGGCUAUCGAGAUCGGUAUGCUGAAGACUAUCUGACAAGUUGUGUGGUAGUGAAGACGCUAGCUGAUGUAUGUGGAGUUUUGGAAGUCGUUCCACUGGAUUUAAAAGAUGGUGCGGAGGAAUUGCGAGGGUUAAAAGUGGUUUAUAGUGAAGAAGAACAGCUACAACAGUUGCUGAGUGGCCAGAUCUGCAUGAUUAACUUCUCAGGUGGCUCAAACACGCCCAGUUGGGGUACUAGAAGGGUGGUGUUGUCCGGAUCAUUUAAUCCGCUUCAUGAUGGACAUAUCGAGCUUUUGGAUGCAGCAUGCAGCCUGCGCGAGGGUGGGCUUCCAAUGUAUGAAAUAUCUGCAAUUAACGCUGAUAAACCACCAUUGGGUCUUUCUGAUAUAAAGGAGCGCUUAAAACAAUUUCGCUCUGGGAAGACGUUAGUGGUGACGAAUCAACCAUAUUUCUAUAGGAAAGCGGAGCUGUUCCCGGACAGCACCUUUGUUGUUGGAGUGGACACGGCUCUUAGACUCUUAGAUACAAAAUAUUACGGCGACAGCAAAGUCCGCAUGCUGGAGGUGUUGCUUGGAAUUAACCAACUCGGUUGCGAUUUCUUGGUAGCUGGACGGAAAGUGAACGGAACAUUUCAGGUACUCUCUGAUAUUCAAGUUCCAAGUGAAGUCCAGAGUAUGUUCCAAGAGAUUCCAGAGAACUUAUUCCAGUCGGAUCUCUCAUCAACCCAAUUGCGGCAGUCACGUUUAGGCUGAAGCUUACAUAUUUGAACAUCUUUUGUUUUACCGAGUAGAUUGAACGAAUUAAGGCGUUUAUGCAACAUUUGAGCUGCAAUUGAGAAUCUCAAAGUUUUGAAGAGUUCAUUGUCAUGAUUGUGCGGAAUAAUAGGCUAGAAUUCUACUGCUUACUGCAAGCGCAGAACAUAGUCUCGCAGUAUAACUAUACAGUUUGUGAACGAUCAAGAUCCGUGAAUGGUUAUUCUUUUAUAGUUAUCUGAAUAAGACUUUUCACUGCUCCCAGAUGAUGUUCGCCAUCA